UGUAAGUGUAUGUAAGGCGCACAAAUGGUCGCGGUAUGGAGCAAUUUCCUAACCGCUUAUUCUAGCCACCGUUCACCAAUGUAACAAAACAAGAUAAUUUUUUGUGCGUUCUAAACGUUAAUUAAGUACUCGCGAUCGAAUUUGGGAUAUGCACUAGAAGAUUAAAUGCGCACGUCACGUUGAGUCAAAUUCAAACUUGUAACCAAUUUUGAUUUGAGGAAGGUUGUAAACAUGUUUUACGGAUGCACGAGGCUCUGCACGGGGCUGAGGUUAUCGGCGCGUGUUCUGCCGUCGCGAUGUGCCGGUACACUGUCCAAAGCGGAGGCGAGAAAGCGAAGGAACGAGCUGUUCGAGAAGGAGAAAAACCGACAACGAUCAGAAUUGGGCAGAAUUGAGAAAAUCGAAGUGACAUACAAGUCUGUAGAGAAUGAAGUGGUGAUGGUGAUGAAUCGCAACAUAUCCACGCCGUACGAUUGCGCCAGACACAUUUCCGAGGGUGUUACCAAGACAGCCGCUAUCGCUGAGGUAGAUGGUCAAAUUUGGGAUAUGCACAAACCGUUCACCGGCAACUGUGAGUUGCAACUCGUCACCAUGCAGACUCCGUGGACACGCGCCGUCAACUCGGCCUUUUGGCGAACGUGUUCGCUGAUCCUAGGCGCUGUGGCGGACAGCGCGUUCAAGGAUAACGUGGAGGUACAUCUCCACAGCUUUCCCAGUCCCGUAGUAGAGUCGGGCAGUUUUAUUUAUGACGUGUUCGUGGAUCUGCCGGAAUGGCAGCCAACCGAUUCGGAACUGCGAGCCAUGUCCGCGCUCUUUGUCAAGUUUUCAAAUCGCGAUUUGCCGCUGGAAAGAUUAGAAGUGCCGCGUACCAUUGCGCUAGAGAUGUUCCAGGACAAUCCGUUCAAGUACGAGCAGAUACCCGAUAUCGCGAAGAACAACGAAAAGGACAGAGUGACGUUGUAUCGUCUGGGAGAUCAUGUGGACAUUAGCAAGGGUCCUAUGAUAGGCAACAGCUAUCUCGUGGGACGCGUUACCGUAUCGGCGGUACAUAAACUUAUAGACAGACCCGUGGACGGUCUGUAUCGUUUUCAGGGAGUUGCCUUGCCCAAGGGUAUUAUACUUAAUUACUUCGCUUAUAGUAUCUUAGAAAAGCGAGCUAAGAAAUUGAACACCGCCACGUGGCAGCCAGUUCAAGUAGAAGAAACAGUCAAUGUAAAUGCAUCUGUAAACUAACAACAUAUAUACUUUACAAUUUAAGAGACAUCUUCGUGUAAAUAAAUGCGUUUUUCAUUCUGA